AUGGACGUGGAAGUCGAUCCUCCAAAACCAGAGCAGCAACAAGUAGUCAAAGCAGUAGACAUUUUCAAAGCCGCCGAGAAUGGCGACGUCUCAACCUUCCAACCUCUCUCUCCAGUGAAUCUCUCCGAUGCUCUAGUUCUCCGAAAUGAGGAUGAACGUUCCCUUCUUCACGUCGCUGCUUCCUCUGGCCACUCUCAGGUGGUGAAGAUCCUCGCAUCUGCUGAGGGAUCCGCAAAAGUGAUCAAUAGUGCCGAUGAAGAAGGGUGGGCUCCGAUUCAUUCUGCGGCUAGCAUUCGGAAUUUGGAAAUAGUAGAAACAUUGUUGGAUAAAGGAGCUGAUGUUAAUUUGCAAAAUAAUGGGGGGCGAACUGCUCUUCACUAUGCUGCCAGCAAAGGUUGGGUGAAGAUUGCUGAAAUUCUCAUCCCCCAUGGUGCAAAGAUCAAUGUUAAGGACAAGGCUGGAAGCACCCCUUACAUCGGGCAGCGAGCACUGGGAAUUCCGAACUGUGUGAAUUUUAAUUGAGCAAGGUGCAGAGGUUGAUGCUGCUGAUAGAGCUGGUCAAACUCCACUAAUGAAUGCUGUGAUUUGCCGAACAAAGAGGUGUGCUUGUUAAGUAAUUUAAUUCUGAGUACUGAAGAUAGUAAAAGUUAUAUAGAAUCUGUUUUUCAGAAUAAUAUUUUAGGUAUUCCUCUUCAGAUUAUUUUUGCCUUUUAAUGGAAUAUAGCUCUGUUUGACGCCCCCCUCUGGUUCUCCCCCAUGUUGAUGUACUAGUGUAGGGUGCAUAGAUGAACUAAUUCAUGUUAUAAAAUUAUUGUAUCAGAAGCUUCAACAACUCGUUGCAAUUAAUGAAUGUACUGGCAUGACCGGUAGUCCUGUUGACCAUAAUCUUCUCCAAGCAAGAAUUUGGUUUCAGAUCCUCAGAUGCCUGUGAAGAUUCUGCUAAUUGGAUUUGAUCAUUAUCAAUAAUGACCCAUAAUCCUCUCUUAACCUUCCAAGAAAAUUGACAUGUAUAUCACAUUUUUUGUGCAUCUUACUUGGUCAUUCCACUCCUUUGACAUGGUUGAUGAAUUUGUUUGCAACGUUGUCAUAUACUCUCUCCGUCCUUAUAUAAAAGAUGUUUUUUAAAAGCUUAUUUUGUCCCUAAAUAUAAGGGGUGGUAAUAAUAUUUUUGAGUAAUUAGAUAAUUUUACCCUUGUCUUGAAAAAUGGAAUAAAUUAUUAAUUAUAUGUUUUUCCUACUACCAUAAUGAUAUUAUUAGAAAUAAAACUGAAAAAUUAUUGUAUUUUUAU